AUUUUAAUAAAUUAGCAAUUUGCCGCCUUAUUGAAUUUUCUUGUAAAUUGCUACAUUUUUAUUUUAAUAAUGAUACACGAUAUUGUGUUAUCUUGCCUUAAUUUGCACUCUAAACAAUUGCCGAUUGAAGAGUUUUUGGUCUCCGAUGCAGUCAGUACAUUUUUUCAUCCUUGCGAAAAGAAGUUAUUGGAAGAUAUUGUUGGAAUCAUAAAUUUGUUGCGUGAAAUCGCAAAAUUUUCGAAAAUUUAUGGAACAAAUCAAAACAUUCAUUUGAAUGCUGCCGUUGUCGACACAGAUGAACCCUUACAAAGUGGCCUUUAUUUAAAGGCUUUCGCAAAUGGAAUUGAAAGUGUACUAGAUGAUUACUUAAAUAACAUUACUGAACUUGAAAGCAGAUACUUACAAAAUCCUUGUCAAUCUUUAAUGUUUAUAUAUCAGAAGUUACAGGAAUAUGAACCGUUAGCAUUAUAUUUAAGCAAGUUAAUACGUGGGAUUCGAAUACAAAAACUCCAUGGCUGCGCAAUUAUACAAUAUUUGCAACAGAAUUCUCUGCAUGGUGAUGACCGCAUCAAUAAAGCUGUCAAAAGAAUUCAAUCAUCCGUGAAUGUAGUGUUUCUCAAGCAACUUACUCAUUGGAUAUUGUAUGCUAAAAUUGUUGAUUCAUAUGGGGAAUUUUUUAUUCAAUGUGCAGAAAAUCAUUGCAAUAGUACCAUUGAAAGUGAAAGAGGAACAAGUGCAGGUAGCGGAAAAAAUCCAGCAACAUCGAUGUCGGAGGUAGCCAGCAAUUAUACUGAUAUUUGGCGAUAUGAGAUAUGUUACGAAUUUCUGCCACACUAUUUGUCAUCCAGUUGGGCUGAAAAAGUUCUGUUUAUUGGUCAAACCGUUCUUAUAUUUAAAGUAGAUGCCAAUAAAUUAAAUAAAAAUGCUCAGACGUGGAAUAAAAGCGAAAGUAAUUUCGUUUGUCGCGAACAAUCAUUGUGGAACGAAAAGGAACAUAUUUAUUUUGCUAAAAUUCAAGCUCUUCAAAAUGAUUCGGAAUUGAAUAUUUCACACUAUGAUCGUGUUAUAGAUGAAAUAAAAAGCUAUGUAACUUCAAGGCUUUCAGAAAUUGCAGUCAACCAAGCGGACCUAGUCCAACAGUUAAAACUAAUAAAAGAUUUUUAUUUGCUUGGCCGAGGCGAAUUGUUUUUAGAAUUUAUUCGUCAAACUUAUAUAAUUAAUAAAGAUGCUGAUAAUGAAAAUAAACUUCGAGAUUUCGUCAAAGCAUUUGAGUCGGCAGCACAUGGAGUUGGUGUAUCUGAAGACCUGGAACAAUUUUCUCUCUGUAUUCCGAAGUCCCCCUUCGAUUCGGAUGAGCCACAAGAAUUUGGUUAUCUGCAAUUAGUACAUCUACAAUACAAAAUCAAUUGGCCCUUGCAUUUACUGUUCUCGCCCAAGGUACUCGAACGCUACAAUAUACUUUUCAGAUUUUUGUUGCUGAUAAAGAAAAUGCAAUAUGAAUUACACAUGCUGUGGUGCCAACAUACAAGAGAAACUAAGCUUAAUAAGCAUCAAAACAUUAAAGUAAUGCAUUUAAGAAAUGAAUUAAUGUUUUUCGUCGAUAACUUGCAGUAUUACAUACAAGUCGAUGUACUUGAAAGUCAGUUUAGUAUUCUAUUAAAUACUAUACUUAACAAGGCAGAUUUUGAGCAAAUUCAAAGAUCACACAGCAUAUUUCAAGCAAAUAUUCUAUCAUUAUGCUUCCUUCUAACUGAUGAGGAUGCUACCAAAGUCAGCAUGCUGCAGUCGUCAUCGCUACAUUCAAAUAAUCCAGUUUAUUUAAUAAUCAAUGAGAUUUUCCACAUAUGCGAAGACUUCUGCGCUUUAGUCGACACUCACAGAAUAGAUGAAAUGCUAAAUUCCAAGAUUGAUGAACUAGAUGAACGAUUUGGAAGUUUAAUACAGCAGCUUAUAAAUUUAUUAGUGGGUUUAAAGACGGCUCCAAGCACAACACCGUUAUCUCAGCUUUUACUACGACUGGAUUUCAACCACUGGUUUAGCAUCAAGAAAAAGCACAGUGAAUAUGAAUAACAUUCGCGUUUAAUAUUUAUUUUUAUUUAUUUAUUUUGUUAUUAUUAAAUAUCUAACAAUGAAUAAAAGUGCUUAAAAAUUAUA